AUGCCUCCACCGAGCCAACCGAGCCCAUCAAGCCCAAGGUCUUCUUUUGGAAAUGAUUCGACGGACGCUCAAUAUGGAGUCUCGCCGCCUCUUGCAGAAGCAUGGCAAGAUGGCGACGCAAGUCAUCCAUUGGGCUGGGCUGGGUCCCCGUCGGCGAAGGUUGUCCAAGAUGAUAGCAGCCGGUCUCAGAACAUCUCGCCGUCGGCAGAGACAACUAUGCCAUUCGUCCUAUACGCCGGCACGCAAGAAUUAUCGGGAUACAAAAGAGCGGAGGGUAUUCUGUUUGAAUCCGAUUCGUCUGAUUCCGUCACUGCUUCAACAAAGAGACGUAAACGCGAUCAUCAGGGUACUUGGCUGAAGGCUACCCAGAGAGAAACUAGCCAAAUUCCUGCAUCCCCGGAUGCAGGACCGCCUGAUGGAGAGUCUGACCGCAGUCCGGCUGAGGGAAAUAAGAUCGAAGAAAGAGAAAACGAGACGACGGGGAAGCAGGAAGGGCAAGGAGCAGAUGUCGACGAAGCUUCAAAGUAA